GUUGUAACAAGAAUGGCCUGUUGUCCAACAGAUCUGCCUGCUAGGUGUGAAAUGACUGAACCCAGUGGGCGCUGGGGAGAAUGCCAGAGAGGUCUAUUGAGAAGAUGUUUAAAGUUGAAUACUUCUUCAUCCAGUUCUGUCAUUUCAGCUCUAACACAGCAGCUGCAGUAACUGUGCUGGUUUGCUUUGUGUUUGUGUGAUUUGUCUUUCAACAAAAUGCAGUUUUCUUAACUUCAUCACUGCCUCCAAUCAUUCACAUUUGAAUCCAGUGCUUGCAGGUCCAGCUGAUGCAGCAGCUCAGUAGAUCUCCUCUGUAUUUUCUGUUCCUUGCAAACACAGUGACUGCUUGUAGCUACUCAGAGUUCCUUGAAAGUCAGUGGGAACUCUGCUGUGACUUAAGAAAAGAGGCUUAAUUGCGAACUCUUGCAUGCUCUAUUUAUUGUCAUGUCUGUAGAUCUGGUCUAAUUAGCAAGCUAAGCAAACUGUUUUGUUCAUUUCUAUUCAGCGGCAGGCUGCAUUAGUGUUCCUUUUACUUACUGAUAGUUUUAUGUGUGUUUGCAUCCCUAUCGAUACUUCUGUUGGUAUGCCAGUAAGCAAAGCAGGGAAGUUGGAUUAGUCUAAAUGAAAUUGAAUGCAAUCACAGUUCCUGCUUGUUUUUAAUCUUGACACACGAGCCUGCUCAAUGUAAUUGGUCCUACAGAGAAAAGGGGAAACCAGCCGUGCUGUAGUGGGUGCAGGCUUCCAGUAUCUCCUUUGGGAUUUGGAGCCCUGUUUGGAUCAGUGAUCAGUUUGCUCUCGUGAUGAGAUUCUGAAAUGAAAGAACAACCCAGUUGUAUUAGAAUUUGUAGGGAAAAUAAUAUAGUAAUACCUCUUAGGCCUGCAGACUUGUCUUGUUGACUUAUGAGCUGCUCACAUUUACAAAGCGAGCGGAGAAGUUGAUUCAUGCAUACAAGAAACAGGCCAACAACAAACGAGUUGGAGGUAAGCUGAAACCAGAGUACCUCAGCCACCAGUCUCUGUCUCACUCUUUGUUUCCCCCUCCCCUUUUUAAAUUUGGAAUGAAUUUAGGGACUGACGGAUGUUAAAGAAUUGCACUUCUUUGAGCAGCAACCUUCCACACAAAACCUGAACCACGAAAACGUGCCUCUGAGAAGCCUUGGUACGCAUUGAACUACAAGAACAAAAUGGUGCUGUGUUCAAAGCCAGUAAAGCUGGGCUCUGACCAAGGGCAGAACUCCUGAUGUCAGUGAACAGCUUUGGUUGUUAGCAGGCAGUGUUUGCCUGCCUGCAGGAAGCUGCAGCGCGUCCACCUGCACAGCUUUGCAUGUUUCAAAAGAUGUUUGCAGAGCAGCUUUGUGUAUUUUCCAGGUCACUUAUCUCACCAACUGAAAGAAAACGGGGGCUCCAGGAAUCUGCUCUCAACAGUACCAAACUCCUGAGGAGGUUGCUACAAAGAGGCGACUCUUAUCAUUGGGGGAUACUUUUAAUGAUCUUUUGUUUCUAUUCACACGUGUGUGUGUGUGCAGAAACAUGGAAUUGUCUUUGGAUUUUGGAUUGCGGGUGGGUUUCAGGGAAUCCAGAAGGUUGUCUCUCCUCUGUCAAUAUUUGUGCCUGGUUAAUGAUCAACCUCAUGACCUCACGGCGCUUCCUGGUGCGCAUCCAAAUCUCUUUCCUGUCGCCCCUAAAAAAUAAAAGAAAAAAAAGUGAGUAUAAAUGCACGUUUCUGUGUAAAAGCGAAUGCAUUCUGGAUCCUGUUUUUUGGCAGAUGACACAGAUAGCAAAGAGGCUGGCUGCCCGUUGCUGGUGCUGUGGCAGCUCACCCAUCUCAUCUCACUCACCUUUUCCCUCUGAAGGAAAGUCGCAGUUUUCCAAAUGCCCACUGAGAUGGAGAGCAGCUCCUUGCUGGCGAUGUUCAUCCUGCUGAUGUGCUCCAUCAACAGCAGCUGUCCAUACUCAUAUUCAGUGUUCAUGAGGAAGGAUGCAGCGCAUGAGGUGCUGAGGGUCCACAAACGUGCCAACUAUUUUCUAGAAGAGAUCCGCCCAGGGAACUUGGAGAGAGAAUGCAAUGAGGAGAAGUGCUCAUUUGAGGAGGCAAAGGAGAUCUUCCAUUCGCAGGAGAAAACGAUGGAGUUUUGGUUCAACUACAAAGGUUUAAAUCCAUGCACUACAAAUCCUUGUAAGAAUGGUGGAGUUUGCAAAAUAAGACGCUACAGUUACUUUUGCAUCUGCCCCCCGAAAUUUGGAGGAGACAACUGUGAAAAAGAGAAGUUGGAGUGCUGGUACAAGAACGGUGGCUGCUGGCAGUACUGCUGGGACAGCAGCUCCUUCCAGGUGCAGUGCUCCUGUGCCAAGGGCUACGCCCUGCAUGAGGACGGGAAGAAGUGCGUGCAAACAGCCCCGUUUCCAUGUGGCCUGAUCAGAGCCCGGCGUGCCUUGGAGGAAGCACGGCACGAGGCGGCCACGUGGAACAGCAGCACAACUCCUGCAGUUAAACAGGCCAAGGGGAAGCAAAGUGCUGCGGGGGAAAAGGAAGCUCUAAAGGAUGCAUCUGGGCAAAGCACAGCCGUGGAGGACGAUGCUGGGCAGGAAGGUGGGGACCCCAGUCAACAGCCCCCAGAGGGACCAGCCUGGCAGAAUGAGACAACAGUGGCUGCCAUGCAGGAGGAAAUGGCGAAGAAAUCUUCUGGGCAGAACCAGAGCGGGCAGAGCAGCGGGCAGGACAAGACAGGAGCAGUGCAGCACGUGCCUGGGGGUCUCCAUGCCAGUGACAAUGCAGAUGUCUCAGCCACACCUCAGUGCCCCCAGAGAAACGCCAGCGCUCCCACAGAGCACAGAGACCCCAGGAUAACUGGAGGAACGUUGUGUCAUCGGGGACAGUGCCCCUGGCAGGUUUUGAUCCGUGACAGCAGAGAUAUUGGUUUCUGCGGAGGGAGUUUGAUCAACAGCCGCUGGGUGAUCACAGCUGCUCACUGCCUCGAUCUUGUCCGACCUCACCACGUGACCAUAGGUGACUUCGACAAGUACCAGAGAGAACUGAAGGAGCAGAAGAUAGGUGUGGAACGGAGCUGGACGCAUCCGCACUACGAUUCCAACAACUACGACGGGGACAUCGCCCUGCUGUACCUGAGCAGCGAGGUGGUUUUUAACGAUUACGCCAUUCCCAUCUGCCUGCCCAGCCCCAAGCUGGCAGCCCUGCUGGCCGAGGAAGGACGAGUGGGGAUGGUGAGCGGCUGGGGCGCCACGCACAGCCGGGGCUCUACACUGCGCUUCCUCAUGCGGGUGCGGCUGCCCGUUGUGAGCAUGGACACGUGCCAGCAGGCCACGCGCAGGCUGGUGACAGACAACAUGUUCUGUGCUGGGUACGGCACCGAAGCUGCAGAUGCCUGCAAGGGCGACAGCGGAGGCCCAUUUGCUGUGUCUUACCACAACACUUGGUUCCUGCUGGGCGUCGUAAGCUGGGGUGACGGCUGUGCUGAAAGGGGAAAAUACGGUGUGUACACCAGAGUGUCCAACUACCUCCCCUGGAUUAAGGAGACUGUCGAAAGCGUGGCAGAUUCAGAAAAGUUUUCCAUUAAUUUUUCCUAAGGGCGGCCUCAAAACUAGGGACAAUUCUUGUAUUACAGCUGUCCCUGAUGCUGAAAGCCAAGUUUGUCUUUAAAGGAAUGCCGAGUCUCAAUUUACCAUGAUUUGUUGAAUCGCUCAGUAAAUAUUACUAAGCAAAACAACACAUGUAAUAAAGAACUAUUCCUGCAAUAACAAA